CCUUUUUCAGAUCCCUCACGGCCUCACCAAAACUCCUGAAAAAUUGAAAACUUUCAUUUUUGUUUUUCGCACGAAAACAAACUUGCGCCCAAUUUCUAAACCUGAAAAAUUUCAAAGCAUCAGAAAUGGCGGAUUUAUACCCACCCCGCCCUCCUCACAUUUCCAUCUCUACUCAUCGCCGCUCCCUCCAACCCUUCCCGUCGGAUUCCGAUUCCUGCUCGCCGGAAUAUAAGAGGCUCUAGAGAGAGAGAGAGAGAGAGAAAUGGCCGACCAGGAAAACUGUGUCAGCGCGAGAGUGACUCGCAGCAUGUCGAAGAAGAGAGCGGCGGAAACCAUGACCGCCGAGCACAUACAGCAGAGGAAGAAGAGGGUUGCGUUGGCCGAGAUCUAUGAGUUUCCGUCCGCGGAUCCCGAUGACAUCCGGACUCUGGAUCCUAAACCUCACAUUUCCAAGCCUAAUCGGGCAAAAUUUAAGACGAAGCAAGUGAAAGGGACGGCGAAAAAGGCGGAUGGAGGCGCCGAUUCAGAAUCCGACGAUCCUCAGAUGUGUUGUGCAUAUGCUUCUGAUAUUUACGUGUAUAUGCGUCAAUUGGAGGCGCAGGAGAGAAGAAGACCACUAAACAAUUACCUGGAGAAGGUUCAGAGGGAUGUGAGCGCAAACAUGAGAGGGAUACUGGUGGAUUGGCUGGUUGAAGUUGCUGAGGAAUACAAACUUCUCCCUGAAACUCUAUAUCUAUCCGUCAAUUACAUUGAUAGAUUCCUCUCUGUAUGCCACAUUUCUCGGCACAAGCUUCAGCUUCUGGGCGUUUCUGCAAUGCUUAUUGCCUCGAAAUAUGAAGAGAUCAGUCCUCCCCAUGUGGAUGAUUUUUGUUACAUCACUGACAACACCUUCAACCAGAAGGAGGUUGUGAAGAUGGAGCAAGAUGUGCUCAAAUCCCUCAAGUUUGAAUUGGGAACCCCAACAAUAAGAUCAUUUCUCAUGAAAUAUAUCCAGAUCGCUCAAGAAGACUUCAAAACACAAAAAGUGCAGUUGGAGUAUCUAGGGCUCUACUUAGCAGAGUUGAGUUUGCUUGAUUAUUAUUGUGUCAAGUUUUUACCAUCCAUGGUGGCUGCUGCUGUGGUAUUCCUCUCAAGAUUCACCCUUAACCCAACCCUUCAUCCCUGGAAUCAAGAACUGCAGACUUACACUGGGUAUACCCCAGCUGAUUUGAAGGAAUGUGUCUUCAUCAUUCAUGACUUACAAUGGAGUAGAAGAGGAGGCUCUUUGGUGGCUUUGAGGGAGAAAUACAAAAGGCCAAAGAUGCUAAGCGUUUCAGCACUUCGUUCUCCAGCGCACAUCCCGGAAUCAUGGUUGGCAAACCCAAUAUUGUGAGAGCUUGUUUUGGUCAAAGAAGCUUAAGUUUGUGAUAAUUAAGUUGAAAGAAGACUGGUUGAAGUUGCAUAAGGCCUGCGUUUUGUUUUGAACUAACCUUGUUUAGGUUUUAGACAAAUUCCAAAUGAAUGCAUAUACUCAGAGAGUCAGAGGUGAUUUUGACAAUUAAUAGCUUAGUUUGCA